UUUUGUUCUCCUCUCUUAAAUUUUAUUAUUACUAUUAGAAUUUUAGUUUAAAACGAACUUUUGAUAUAGAAUGUCGAAAAGUACGUUUAUUUAAAAGAUAAUUUAUUUAAAAUGAGGGAAAUUUUACAUUUACAAGUUGGCCAAUGCGGCAAUCAAAUAGGAACAAAGUUUUGGGAAAUGAUUUCCGGUGAGCAUGGAAUUAAUACAGAGGGAAAGUAUAUGGGAUCAACAAAACAUCAAUUGGAUAAAUUGAGUGUUUAUUAUAAUGAAGUUAAUGAUCGAACAUACGUGCCAAGGGCAAUAUUGGUGGAUCUAGAACCUGGAACAAUGGAUGCGGCAAGAGGUGGCUUGUAUGGAAAGCUCUAUCGACCAGAUAAUUUUAUUUAUGGUCAGGGUGGAGCUGGAAAUAAUUGGGCGAAAGGUCAUUACACGGAUGGAGCAGAGCUUGCUGAAAAUGUUCUGGAUUCUAUAAGAAAGGAAUGUGAAAACUGUGAUAGCUUUCAAGGAUUUCAAGUUUGUCAUUCACUAGGAGGUGGAACAGGCUCUGGAAUGGGUACUUUUCUCAUUUCAAAAAUGAAAGAAGAAUAUCCAGAUAGAAUGAUUUCAUCUUUUAGCGUGAUGCCAAGUCCUAAAGUUUCUGAUACAGUUGUGGAACCAUUUAAUGCAACUUUAUCCUUAAAACAGCUUAUUGAAAAUGUUGAUAAUACUUUUUGCAUAGACAAUGAAGCUCUGUACGAUAUUUGUCAUCGUUCAUUAAAAUUACAAUCGCCAACUUACAGUGAAUUGAAUCAUCUUGUCUCGUUAACAAUGUCUGGUGUUACUACAAGUCUUCGUUUUCCAGGCCAAUUAAAUGCUGAUUUGAGAAAAUUGGCUGUUAAUAUGGUUCCAUUUCCUCGAUUACAUUUUUUUGUUCCCUCAUUUGCGCCUCUUGUUGCUCCAUCUUCUCAGAAAUUUUCUGCUCUUUCAGUAGCAGAAUUAACGCAACAGAUGUUUGAUUCAAAAAAUAUGAUGGCUGCUUGUGAUCCACAACAUGGAAAAUAUUUAACAGUUGCAACGAUAUUCAGAGGAAAUAUGUCUGUUAAAGAAGUUGAUAAUUACAUGGCCAAUGUUCAAAAUAAAGAGAGUGCCUAUUUUGUCACCUUUAUUCCAAAUAAUAUUAAAACUGCUGUUUGUGAUAUACCACCAGUUGAUAUGAAAAUGUCGAGUACUUUCUUGGGAAAUACAACAGCUAUUCAGGAACCAUUUAAACGCAUAUGCGAGCAAUUCUCUCUUAUGUUUAAACGUAAAGCUUUUCUUCAUUGGUAUCUUGGAGAAGGAAUGGAUGUGAUGGAAUUUACUGAAGCAGAAUCAGAUUUACAUGAUUUAAUUUCCGAAUAUCAACAGUAUCAAGAAGUAUUGGAUGAUGAUGAUGAAAAUAGCUAUGAUUAUAAUGAUGUUGAACAGGAAGAAUAUAAUUACUCAAAUGAAGAUGGAUAUGAAGAAGAUUAGUCAGCGAUGACAUUUCGAAAUAUUUUAAAAAAAAUUAUUACGUUUAUUAAAUUGUUAUUAAUUUUAUAGUUUAAAUUUUAAUUUUAAACUUUAACUUAAUGAAUCAGAAUUUUUAAAAUAUAAUUUAAUUUAUUAAUAUCACCAUUAUUAAGAAUUAAUUAAUGAUGGAGAAUAAAAGAGAAUAAUUAUAAUAAUAGCGAUGCCAUUUCAAGAUAUUUGUUAAAUUUUUAUGAAUUUUAUAAUACUUUAGGGCAAUUAAACCCUUUAAAGACAAAAUAAAUUUAUACUAUUCUUAAA